GCAAAGUAACGACCGACUCUCUCUCUCUCUCUCUCUCUCUCUCUCUCUCUCUCUCAUGGAGAAGAUGGAGCAUGAGCAGAGUUCUCUUCUAAGCUGGGUUUACCAAAUUCAGGGCAAGACAAUGGAGGAGCUAAGACAUUCGCUUCUGUAUACAACACUGGAGCUCGAGCAGACAAGAAUUGCUGCACGAGAAGAACUCAAUGCGAGAGAGGACCAGUUAAUGGAGCUCAGAGAUCUGCUCGACAAAGCCAUGAAGGAAAGAGACGAAGCUCGAGAGAACUGCCAGAGGCUUGUUCUCGACAAGAAACUACUGUUCCAGCAAGGGGUUUCGAGCACUAACGAGGAAGAUCAAGACCCAACCAGACGAGGAAACGACGAAAACGUUAAUGGGUUUUCCUCUUCAGACGGGGAAGAGAGCACCGUCUCGUCGUUCGACCCGCCAAACCAGAUUCUGCAGCCAUUGCUGCCACAACAGUGUCUUCCAUCGUCACCAGAAAUGGCGGAAAUCGAGUUGGCAUUUGCUGAAAGACCAUUACCUGAAAAGGGGAAGCUUUUAAUGGCGGUGAUGAAGGCAGGACCGCUCCUUCAGACUCUGCUUCUGGCGGGGCCACUUCCUCAGUGGCGACACCCUCCACCUCAGCUCGACUCUAUUGAAAUCCCACCAGUAACCAUUUCUCCAUCGCUGCAGUCACAGCUUCUGCAACGCUGUGGGAAUCUCAACAGGAAAAGGGUUCUAAGCAACGAGUGUAAUUCCCCGAGAGAGACCAAGAGUCAAAGACUCGUCUUCCCCUGACGAUUUAAUACCAAACGAAUCAAACCCAUUAGUCACAUUGGCUCCAUCAUGUGAAUCCUGAGACUGAAUCCCACGAGGUUUGUACAUAAACAGCAUUCCAUCCCACUGUUCUUCCCCGCUGUCGCAUUUGAGCUCCCAUUACGUGAAGCAGGGCAUGUUUUGCUUCUUUCAAGUGUUUCAUUAGAGAUUGCGAAAGCAUUCAGGCUCCAAAGCUAUCGUUUUACACUCUGAGUAUGCAUCUGUUUAUGCUUUUAGUGAUCUGUUACUUACUAA